GGCGGGGGGAGUUUCCCAGGCGGUUGUUGUCUCGGCGCCGGACGGGCCCGCAGCGCGAUGGGCUGCAGCGGCCGCGGCCGGAGGAACUGGAGCCGCCGCCGCUGCUGCUGCCUUUGCCCGCAGGCUCCCCCGCCGCUCCCCUGAUGGCGACCUGCAGCAGCAGCAGCAGCAGCACCACCGCGGCGCCGUCGGAGGGUCGCAGCCCAGGCGGGGCCCGGCCGGUGCUGGACGAGUUCACCGCCCCGGCGAAGAAGAGCGACUUCCUAGAGCGGAGCCGCGGCGGCAUCGAGCGUCUCUUCCGGGUGCGCCUCGCCGUCCUGGGGACGCUGGGCGGCGGAGCCUGGGAGCCCCUGGGAGUCGGGCGGACCCCGCACGACGAGCGCCGGAUCUGGCUCAGCCUCCUUGGAGACCCGGAGAGCGUGCGGAACGCUAAGGAAUACAUCAAAGGACUGUGCGAACCUGAAUUAGAAGAGAGGGAGCACUAUCCCAAAGACAUGCACUGUAUUUUUGUCGGCUCCCAGAGCCUCUUCUUGAAUUGCCUCAUUCAGGACACCUGUGCCGAUAUCAGCGUUGCAGAGAUAGGGGUGCUGAGUAUCAAAGGCAGUGCUGAGCCUGUGGUCAUGGCCAGAAGCCACAUCCAGCAGUUUGUGAGCCUCUUCAAAAAUAACGACAGCCUACUGAGCAGCCAAGAGCCCGAAGUCAAGAAGCAGUUCAAACGCCUCGUGGAGGCCCGUGCAGAUAAGUACACGAUGGAUCUGUUGAUCUUGCCGAGCGCGCUCAAAAGAGAACUGCUCAGCCUUGCAAGGGCCGAGGGCCACAAAGCGGAAGACAGAAUCAUAGAUCUUACUGAGGCCGACGGGUGGCAGGAACUCCUCCCAAACGAAACUCCGAAACGGCACGCGGUAAAAUGCGAUUUCGGAACCGGGCAGGAGGAAGCGCGGAACAACGCAGGCACUCCGGUCACCGAGCUAGCGAAGCAAAUGGACACGGUCUUCCCUCAGAGCCCCGAAAGGCACUUUGUGCCCAUAAAUGGCCUGACUUCGCUGGAGGCAUCUGGAGGCAAAGAGAGGCAGUCGUGUAAAAGGAGGUCCUCGGAAUCUGAGGAGCGGCUUCCCAAGAAACAUUUUUCUUUGGAAAACAAGCAGGAGGGCCAGCGGGUGGCGGGCGGCACGCCGGGCGGCGUGGUGGUGAUCAACUUGUCCGCCAGCAGGAGGGACAAGCCUGAGGGGCCCGCCCCGUCCCCUAAAGAAGGCGACGAGAUCAGCGAGGAAAUGGAAUACAAGAUCCUGGUCAACUUUUUCAAAAGCAUGGGCUACUCGCCGCCGAUUGUGGAGAAGGUGAUCGGCAAGCACGGGCCGCUGGCAGAGCCCCUCCUGCUUCUGGAAGAAAUUGUUACAGAAAGCAACAAGCCCUCGAAAGAGGAAGAGCCGGCUGGCCAGGUGACCGGAACGCACGCUGCGAAAGGUAGAGGCAGCCCCAGCAACAGACACCGCCACGACCUGGGCUGUCAUUCGGAAGAGCCAAACAAGGCAGAACACCGAGUGGGCUCUUUUCUGGAGGCCCAGCACAAGGCUAAAGGCACACUGCGCUUGCCAGACGGUGAAAAUAGAACGGCUCUUGCUGGCACCCAAAGCCCACCGCGCAGAGAUCCCUGCAGUCGCACACACGUUAAUUGUUGUCCCGAACAGUCUCGUGUCCUGCCAAAAAGUGCGCUAGAAAGCGAUGGUCAUGUGACUGCACAUGACAAAUCUCAGGGGUUAGUGCAAGAGAGGAAACCAAAGGACGCCACCUUGGUCGCGAGAGGGACUUCCGAGACCUCCCGCCAGCCAGUUCAGAAAGAAGCUGCGGUGGCUCAAACAUGUGCUGAUCUGUUGGCCGUGAAGCACGAUCAGAAGGGCUGGUGUAACCCUUUGCAGCCCAGAGCGAGACAGUUGCCUCCUCCAAAAGCGGACCUUCCUGAACGUCUUGCUCCUUCUCCAGAAAACAGACCGGGGCUGCCGUACAGUCAUCAUGCCGAUCCUUCCGUCACUGGGGUUCAGAGGUUCCUGGAAUCUUUGAAAAUCCCUUACAAGCUGGAACUGAAAAAUGAGCCGGGCAGAGCUCACUUAAAGCACGUUAUAAUAGACGGCAGCAACGUAGCGAUCUCUCAUGGUCUAAACAGGUUCUUCUCGUGUCGGGGGAUUGCAAUUGCUGUUGAAUAUUUCUGGAAACGUGGCCACCGAAGCAUCACUGUGUUUGUCCCGCAGUGGCGCACGCGGCGAGAUUCUGCCACCACAGAACAGCACUUCUUAACCGAGCUGCAGGAUGUCGGUAUUUUGGCCCUCACCCCUUCCAGGGUAGUCUUGGGAGCCCGGAUCGCAUCUCACGAUGACAGGUUUUUGCUUCAUCUUGCUGAGAGAACUGACGGAGUGAUUGUUACCAAUGAUAAUCUCAGAGAAUUUGUGGAUGAAUCAACAUCCUGGAGGGAAAUUAUUCAAAGGAGACUCCUGCAAUACACCUUUGUCGGGGACAUCUUCAUGGUUCCUGAUGAUCCAAUGGGGCGGAAUGGACCACGAUUAGAAAGCUUCCUUCAAGACGAGUCCCGUGUCAGGACCGUUUCAUCACACAUCGGCCUGGCAAGUGGAGGACUUCCUCCUGGGACACCUCUCUUCCCGGUGCCGCCCAAUGGUGGCGAACCACCAGCAACUGUCUCAUUAUCUAGCCUCUUACCUGCCUUCACUGCGUUCCCGUCACCUCCUGUGCCUCACGCAGCUGUUCCCCCGCUUCCGAGAUCCGCCGCAGAAACAACCUACUUGAAAGAAGCUUUGAAAAGAAUCUUCCCUACCUCAGAGCAGAGGGCCAAGAUUGAGGAAAUCCUCGCUCAGCAUCCACACAUGAGAGACCUGAACGCACUUUCUGCCAUGGUGCUUGAUUUAGGGUGACGCGAUCUGAUUCGGAACCCUCCCAUUUGCGUUUUCGAUUGUUAAUAUAAAAAUGGUUCCAGCUGGUGCCAGCCAUCUGUGAAUAGUCAAAGUUUAAUCCUUUUGUAUAAAACAAUUGUGAAUAUUCAAAGGAUAUGCAGCUACCAGUUUUUGCUCUCUUUUUUUUUCUUAUUCGUUUAAAUUAUAUUGCUUUUAUGACUUUGUAUUGCUGAAUUGUUUGGAAAGAGAGCCACUCUUUUUCUGACUGGCUUGCAGUUGUUAACUGAAGCAGGCCAAAGCUAUUUGUGAAAGAAUUAGAUCUGAUACCAGAUCUAAGUUCUAACUCAGGGAAUUCGCACCUGCAGUUUAAAUUAAUGGACUGUAAGAAGGGGCUUUGUUUCCGUCGGUGGGUAAAACUGCCUGAUAGAGCAGGUGAUCCAUGAUGAUUCAUCAGUGAGAAGAUGAUGGUAUUUAAGCACCUUCUGUUACCCAGAUGGUAAGUACCGAGGAUCUCCAUCUGAAGUGAAAAAAAUCUGCCUUGCGAUUGCUUGUGACGUCCCACUUCUGUUGGCUGAACUUCUGUGAUGUCACAGUGACGAAAGGCAUGUCAGAGGAGAUCAUUAUUUUGCAGUGUUAUCAAUGCAGCGUUGUGCAUUAGGUGGACCUUUGGCCUGACUUGGCACAAUAGCUUCUGUUAUGUUCUUUGCUGGUUAUGAGUUUUAAAAAAUUGUUGGAGGAAA